UUGAAUGUAUUUGUGAUGCAUCGAUUGGGUAUAUAUUCACCUGGCUACCAACAUCCAAUAAACAUUCUUCUAUUUGAUUUUUAACUAGCUACAACAUGUACGCAUCUAUGUUAUUUGUUUUGGCAUGUUGUGUAAUGCAACAGUGUCAUGCAGCUGAGGAACCAAUACCAAUUGUAAGUCAAACACAAGAUGGACCAAAUCCAGAUGGUUCAUACAAGUGGACAUUUGAAUCUGGUAAUGGAAUAAAAGCUGACGAAGAAGGUUCUCUUGCAAAUGCUGGUUCAGAAAAUGAAGCUAUGCAAGUUAAGGGUAGCUCUUCGUAUACUGGUGAUGAUGGAAAACCAAUAUCAUUGACUUACACAGCAAAUGAAAAUGGAUUUGUUGCUGAAGGAAGCCAUUUACCAGUUGCCCCAGAAAUUCCACCACUUAUUCAAAAAGCUUUGGAAUGGAUUAAAGCACAUCCUUCUGAAGAAGACAAACCAGCUAAAGCUUAGUGAUGAUUUAAUUAUCAUUACUUCAAUAUUAAUUUUCAACGAAUAUUAUUGGUUUUUUUUUUUUUCUUGUUCAACAAAGUUUUGGAAAAUUUAUUGAUCAUUACAUGUCUAUUUAUUGUCUAUGAUAAUACUCAAUUAAUUGUUUUAUUUAAUGUUUAAAAUUGCUACUUUGAAAUUAUUAAAAUAUACAAGUUUUAACUCUAAAUGUUUCAUUGUUUAAUUUAUUAUUUUUUUUUUUUAAAAAAAACAAAUGUCUCAUGAGGAAUUUGUCAAAUAUCAAUGAGGAUUAUGUAAAAUAUUAAUUUUCAUUUUUGAAAAAGUUGAAAGAUAAAUUAUUAAUGUUAAUGGAAAUAAUAAUAAUAAAAAUCAAAUUGAAAGACGAAGCUAAUAUUUGUGAAAAAAACUUUAAACAGGUUUUUAUCAUUUUUAUUUUAUUUUUUUGAAGCGGUUAAAUGAAAGAAUCAUCAUCAGUAUAACAACUGAUUUUUUGUGCUUGAGUUGUAUUAAUCUUGACAAAUAAUUGCUAUCUGUUGAUGAAUUUUUGUAAUAUUAUUUUUUUUAUUUAAAUAAUUUUUUAAUUGGUUUUUUUAUUUUUUAUUGUUCAGACAAAUUUAUUUACAUUUUUUUUUGAUGCUAUCUGGGAAUUAAUUAAUUUACAUAAAAAUGAGUUGACAGUAAUUUAUUAAAUAGGAAGAAGAUUAAAAUCAAUGAGACGUCAGUCUUAUCAGUUGAAAAAAAAAACAUAAACAUACAAUUAAAAUGAUAAGUAUUUUUUUUUAAUAAGAUAAUUAAUUUUUACAGUUAUAAAUUAUUGAAAUUUGCUUGUGUAUGUUUUUCUAGAGCAUUAAACUUUAUCUAUUUUUACUUGAAUAAUAAAAAUUCAAUGUGCAGAAAA